UCAAAAAAUGCUGGCGAUAGAUGACACUGUUCAACAAUGUGUUGUCGGUGACCAAGCGACUUGCAGGGCAAUUCGUGCAGCUCGGCGUAGAAGGGUAGCAGAUAUUCCUUCAGCACGCCUCCUAUGGGCGAAAGAGAAUCCUGGUGAUUUCCACUUCGCAUGGGAGUGCCUAAAAGUCAUCUUCCUCAUAUUUUGGGAGUCACAUGAUUUUCCUGGCUCAUUGGCUCAUCUCAGCAAACUGAUCAACCGAAGUGGAGUCACCGCUGCUGCAAAAAAAUUUCAACAAUCCGAUGAGUUCCUCAAACAUGCAUUAGAAGCACAUCUGACUGCAUCCCUCAUCACCUUUCUCAAUAUAUCUGCUAACUCAGAUUUAAUUGUACAAGAUGCAACCAUUAUAACGAACGCAUGGCUAAACGAAACAGCAGAGAGAUUCGCCAAUGACGUGCUAGUUAUAGGAACAGAUGAAGAUGACCAUGAUGCAGACAACCUGUAUAAUUUCCAUCGUUCUUUUCUGCGCAUGGCCCUCCUUUAUGAAGAUUUGAGGGAAGCCAUCAAGUACGAAGAUGGCCCAAGAGUUAUCCAACAUUGGCGAAUGUGGUUACUGUACUUGCUCGCAACAAAGAGAAGCAACUACAGUGGAGUCUGCUUAACUCGAACCUUCAACGGACCAUGA